AUGAGGUGCUACCACAUCUGCAAACUUCCUGGAGUAAUGAUGACCUGAGUGCUUUGUUUCUCUUCGGUGGUCAUCCUCAUGUUACUACUGGUAGCUGGCGCUUUGACCAGUUCACUUCCCAACAUCAAAAAAGACGAGAUGCCCAUGUUGCACAGGGACAUAAAAUUCCAGGGAAAGUCCACCCUGGACGCCUCUACUCUUAUGAUGCAGAUGUACAACAGAACGGAUCUUUUAUUGAGACUUGUAAAUCAUUAUCAGGCAGUACCACAUCUGCACAAAAUGAUUGUGUGGAGCAAUACUGGGGAGGAGGGACGAGACGAGUCAUGGAAUUCUCUAGGGUCUCACCCUGUCCCUGUGAUCUUCAAGCAACAGAUGGCAAACGGAAUGAGAAAUCAACUCCAGGUCUUCCCUGAACUGGAAAACAAUGCAGUAUAA